UGGGGGCGGCCGGCGCGCAGGGGGCGGGGCAAAGGCGCUGCGAGGCGCGCACGGACCAGAGUGCAGCGCUGUCCGCUCUGCACCGCGCCGGUCCCGCAGCGCCCGAACGGCAAUCAUGAGUGAUCGAAAGGCAGUGAUCAAAAAUGCGGACAUGUCAGAAGAGAUGCAGCAAGACUCAGUGGAAUGUGCAACUCAAGCCUUGGAGAAAUACAACAUUGAGAAGGACAUCGCUGCUCACAUAAAGAAGGAAUUUGACAAGAAAUACAAUCCCACGUGGCACUGCAUUGUGGGAAGGAACUUUGGCAGCUAUGUGACUCAUGAGACCAAGCACUUCAUCUACUUCUACCUCGGCCAAGUCGCUAUUCUUCUUUUCAAGUCUGGCUAGAACCAUGGACUGUUACUGAAACUUGCACCUGGGUACAGGACUGCACAUUGAUUCCCACCUUCAGCCUUCCUGGGGAAACACACCUUGAUCUUCAGGUCUUUUGUUGUAUUGUUAAUGGGCAGGGAUUUUGCUGUAGCGGCUCGUAUUUUCAUUGUGGCUAUACAGAAAAGCAAAAAUGUCUUCCUUGUAUUUAUUUUCUUUCAAAAGAUGGCUUCUUUGCUAAUAAAACCCUUGGAACGAGUUUA